GCAUGUAUGUAUGUGUGCUGUGUCUGUGCCUGAUGCCUACAGAGGCCGGAAGAGGGUGUGGAGCCUCUGGAACUGGAGUUGCAGACAGCCCGUGUGUGGGUGCUGGGCACCCACCCAGGUCCUCGGUGAAAAGCUGUGCAUCUCUCCAGCCCCAUAGCUUUUGGGUUUGACCACCCACCAUCUUUUUCAGUAACUCGGAUAUUCUCUUUUCCCCAAGGAUAGACUUGUAGAGGACAAAGGAGAAAGGCCCCCUUGUGCUCUUGAGAAAGGAGUAAAAUAGCAAGCACUACACUCUGCUCAGCUGGAGAUGAGAAAGCAGUCUCGCACGGCUGACCGAAUUCUGCCUCACACCCUCAGCUCCCAGCCCUCCCCUGGCCUAAACUUUUGGGGUCAGCCAGGCACGGAGGUGCACACCUUUAAUCGUAGAUUUCCGAGUUCGAGGCCAGCCUGGUCUACAAGAGCAAGUUCUGGGACAGCCAGGGCUACACAGAGAAACCCUGUCUCAAAAAAACAAGCCCUCCUCCCCCACCAAAAAAAGGAAACAAAACCCGAGAAAGUGACGAAGUGCGCCCAGGGAGGGUAGAACUGGAAAGGUGGUUAGCGUUAAGGGGAAAGUAUGAGGAAGUCAUCCUGACUUCACCGUCAGACAUCUAAAAUCACACGAGUGAGUAUGGGGAACAGAAGCCCUUUCCUGUAGGGUUUUAGCUUGCUGGUCGGAAACAUGGUUAGCAUGGCAAAGGCCCCGGGUUCGAUCCCUGGUACUCGGAGUGGGGAAGGGUACUGCGGUGUUAGGUAGGAAAUGCCCCUUCCCGAGGAGCUGACCUGCUCAGUGGAAACUCAGAAGAGCAGCUGGGGGGGGGGGGGAGGAGUCAGGGUCCAGCCCUCCCUGCCCCAGACCUCCUGGUUCCAAUUUCUGCCCGUCAGCUGUCCUCUCAGCUGUCCCCAGUCCUCCAGUCCUGUCAUUACAGCCCUGCCACCACGGUGAGAGGCUAGGAGGCCGCCCAGUACUGAGUAGCUGUGUGAGUCCAGAAGGAAGGUACGGGGGGCUUAGCCCUGGAGGAAGAGGACUAGCCCUCCCCCAGCACCACCGUCAAGGCCUUAGGGACUCCCUCUUUCCACACUGAUCUGACUUAGGGAGUCUCAGAAGUAAGUCGUCUCUUCCUCGUCGUUUCAUUUCCCGAGUCUGUUCGGCUUCUUCCUUUCGCUCCUUAUCUGAUGACAGAGAAGGAGGCACCGGAAUCCCCUAAGCCCCCUUUCCCAUCAGAGACUCCACAAAGUGGGCUACAACGCCUGAAGCAGUUAUUCAAGAAGGGCUCUCCAGAGACUACGGAGAUGGAACCUCCCCCAGAGCCCCAGGCCAAUGGAGAGGCAGUGGGGGCCGGGGGUGGGCCCAUCUACUAUAUCUAUGAGGAAGAAGAGGAAGAGGAGGAGGAAGAAGAGCCACCCCCAGAACCUCCUAAGCUUGUCAAUGAUAAGCCCCACAAAUUCAAAGACCACUUCUUCAAGAAGCCCAAGUUCUGUGAUGUCUGUGCCCGGAUGAUUGUGCUCAAUAACAAAUUUGGGCUCCGCUGUAAGAACUGCAAAACCAACAUCCAUGAACAUUGCCAGUCCUACGUGGAGAUGCAGAGAUGCUUCGGCAAGAUCCCUCCCGGCUUCCGUCGUGCCUAUAGCUCCCCGCUGUACAGCAACCAGCAGUAUGCUUGUGUCUCCUCCGCCAAUCGCAACGACCCUGUGUUUGAGACCCUGCGCGUCGGGGUGAUCAUGGCGAACAAGGAGCGGAAGAAGGGACAGGCAGAUAAGAAAAAUCCUCUGGCAGCCAUGAUGGAGGAGGAACCAGAGUCAGCCAGGCCAGAGGAAGGCAAGUCCCCGGAUGGAAACAGAGCGGAAGGAGACAAGAAGGCUGAGAAGAAAACACCGGAUGACAGACACAAGCAGCCUGGCUUCCAGCAAUCUCAUUACUUUGUGGCUCUCUAUCGGUUCAAAGCCUUGGAGAAGGAUGAUCUGGAUUUCCCGCCAGGGGAGAAGAUCACGGUCAUCGAUGACUCCAACGAGGAGUGGUGGCGGGGGAAAAUCGGAGAGAAGGUCGGAUUCUUCCCCCCGAACUUCAUCAUUCGGGUCCGGGCUGGGGAACGUGUGCACCGCGUCACCAGAUCCUUUGUGGGCAACCGCGAGAUUGGGCAGAUCACCCUGAAGAAAGACCAGAUCGUCGUGCAGAAAGGAGACGAAGCUGGCGGCUAUGUCAAGGUCUACACCGGCCGCAAGGUGGGGCUGUUCCCCACCGACUUCCUGGAGGAGAUUUAGGUGUGGUGGCGCCCGCGGGCCGGAGACACCCAGGCCUGGUUCUGGGCGGGGCCCAGUGCGGGCUCGGGAGGGGGGGAG